GGCGACUGAGUUGGAGUCGGUAUACGAUCCCGAGCCUGAUCCCAUGGCUCAGGUUGCGAUGGAGGCCGAGCCGUGGUCCGAUCCGGACGACUUGGCCGUGGAGUCAGAGCCAGAAGGUUCUGAUGACGAUAAUGACGACACUCCUCUCAACCAGAUUCCGCGUCCUCGCACACGUGCGUCCACGGCGACCGCUGCACCGUCUCCCGCAGCACGCCCUCCUUCGAGUGCUCCUGACGUCUCACAGCCAGGCCCGGCGGACCGUGUCGAGAGCAGUACGCCACACCCUUCGACCGAUCGUCGCGGACAGGGAGGGACUCGCGAGCGUGUCGACGAGGGAGACGACGGUGAUGGCGACGAUAGGGAGGGAUAUGAGGGCAGCAGUGAGGAUGAGGAUGAUCCCUGUUAUUCCCCGAUACGCGGACAUGGUGACGACGACGACGACAAGGGCGGCGACGGUGGACGGGUUGUGGGUGGUUUGCGGAAGUCCGAGAGACAGCGUGGCGACCGAUGGAGUGGUGCAGGCAGGGGAGGCAGCGGGCCGGGUGUUGGGGGUGCAGGGCGCACAGGUGGUGCAGGGCAUGCUGGCACAGGAAAAGUAAGGCGAGAGUCUGCAUCGUCCACUCGCACUGUGCAUUGGGUUGAUGAGGAGAGGCCCGCUGAGGCAGCUGUGGUUGCUCCCUCCCCUAUGGAGGUUGCUCCCUCCCCUGCAGAGUUCGCUGCGGCGUCUGCGGAGGGUCCAGGCGGGUUUGCGGGUGGUAGUGGCGAUGCUGGAGAGGUUGGGAGGCCAUCUGCACAGGUGGGUGUCAGUUUCAGCGACAGCAUUUUUGAUGUUUCGUUAGGGCAUCCUCCGACACCGGCAGGGGAGCGUGUCGGUGUCGGUGUGGACGCAGCGGCCACGCCCGUCAGUCAGAUACUUCGUGACAUACCUUCAUGCAGCACAAGCGACAUCAGUAGUACGAUGUUGCAGGAGGCAGCAGAGGGGGCACCGGGUCGGUCGGGGCAACACAAGCGUGCAGCUGGGGAUGAUGGGGAGUGUCGACCUGUGCAGGAGCGGGCGACAGAGUCAGAGCAGGACAGGAUCGACCUCGAGGAGAGUGACGUAGACGAUGCGGGCGAGUCAGCCUCGGUUGGCCAGUUUACAUCCGUGGACACGGGCGAUUUUGAGCGGGGACGUUGUCGCAGACGCAGCAGGAUGGCAGGAGAGGGUCUCCGACCGAACGACGGAUCAGCCCAUGAGCGCACCUGCUGAGGAGACGUUGCCACAUACUGCAAGGCGUACAGCGGGCACCGGCGACCACGCCGAGCACAG